GGCAAGCAAAUCCGUAGGCGCCAAGCAACGAGAGAACCUGUAUAAGAUGUUGCCUGCUACCUGCGUGCUUCGAGUCAUCUGCGGCCCAGCAGCCGCUCUCCAGCAGAGGACCACCACCCAUGUCGUCAGCUUCUGCCGCUCCCGCCGCCGGCGCUUCCAGCGACGCACCGGUGCGAGUCCUCGAGGACUUCGCCGGCUUGAUCCAGCUCCUCAGCGACGGGACGGUCAUCCGGCGCUCGGACGCCAACGGCCUCCCGGUUCCUUCCUCCCCGCCGACCCUGUCCGCGGAGUGGAAGGACGUCGUGUAUAGCCCGAACGACGGCCUCAAGCUCCGCAUUUACAGGCCAGCUGCUGCUUCCUCUGCCGCGGCGAACGUCGAGGGAGAUGGUGAUGACGAUGCUCCCGCGAAGCUCCCGGUGCUCGUGUACUUCCACGGCGGCGGGUUCUGCGUCGGCAGCUUCGACCAUCCCAACUUCCACGCGUGCUGCCUCCGCCUAGCGGGCGAGCUCCCGGCCCUCGUCGUCUCCGCCGGCUACCGCCUCGCGCCCGAGAACCGCCUCCCGGCCGCGCACGACGACGCGCGGACCCUCGUGUCGUGGCUCCGCGCCCAGGCCGCCGCCGGGGCGCCCGACCCCUGGCUCGCCGAGCUCGCGGACUUCGGCAGGGUGUUCUUCGCCGGCGACUCGGCCGGCGGGAACAUCGCCCACCACGUCGCCGUCGCUCUGGGGUCCGGCCUGCUCGGCGUCACCCCCGCGCGCGUCGCGGGGUACGUGCUGCUCUGGCCGUUGUUCGCCGGCGUCGAGAGGACCCGCUCCGAGGCGGAGUCCCCUCCCGGCCCGUUCGUGACGCUGCCGGUGUACGACCAGUUCUGCCGCCUGUCCCUGCCGGUGGGGGCCACGAGGGACCACCCGGCGCUAAACCCGUUCGGGCCGGACAGCCCCGCGCUCGACGCCGUGGCGCUCCCGCCGGCGCUCGUGGUGGUCGCGGAGCACGACCUGCUGCGCGACCGCGCCGCGUGCUACGCCGCGAGGCUGGAGGCCAUGGGCAAGCCGGUGGAGCUCGUCGAGUUCCAGGGGCAGCACCACGGGUUCUUCCCCGUGGACCCGGGGGGCGACGCGGGGGACGAGCUGAUCCGUGUCAUGAGACGGUUUGUCUACGGCAGGACAUCUCACAACUAGACCGUGAGAAGCCUUGUUCGUCAGUCGUCAAUUGUCAUCUUUGUAUUUUUUUCUUCUUGUCAGGAUUCGGUGUACUCUGUCUCGUGGAGUUGAACGCUGCGAUCAAAUCAGUGACUCGAGACAAUUCCAAUUACCAUGUUUCUAUGUAGUUCACUGUUACAAAACUAGAAAAGUAUUACGAGAAAUAAAGAUGACAUGUAGCGGUCAGCUGAAAGUUGAGGUAAUUUUCCUCUCUGAGAUGUAGUGAUUCACAGGUCCACUGAACCGGCCGGCUUGUGACCGGAUACACCUUGAGCUUCACGGCAUGUUGUACUCCACAGUUUCGUGAGUCGUUCCGACGUCAUGAACAUUGGUCUCUUUC